AAAACAUACUGUGUGAAUAAGAGUUGAACUCUUUGUUUAGAGAUGAGUUGAGAACCCAUUGAGAGUCAUUCACAUAAAACAAAUUGCUUCGGUAUGAAAUAUUCUGAAACGUCUGAUCAUGUGAUCUUGUUCUGACGUCUGGGUUUUUUGUUGAACCUUCUUUCCUUUCACUUUAAUCCUCUUGGUGUGAAAACAGCAAGGCUUUCAGCAGAGAGAGAUGAUGUGAAACCUGGAAAUCGCAGAAACUGCUUUAGCUUCCUGACCCCCAACAUGUCUGAGCUGAGGGUUGUUCUGCUGGGGAACAGCUGGUCUGAGAGAAGUUCAGUGGGGAACCUCAUACUGGGACAGACUGUGUUCAACAAAGCACCUGAAUGCUGUGUGAGAAUCAGUGGACCGCUGGAGGAGAAAAAGAUAGUUGUUAUCAACACCCCAGAUCUGCUGCAUUCCAACAUCUCUGAAGACAAACUAAUAGAACAUGUAAAAACCUGUGUGAGUUAUUCUGAUCCUGGACCUCAUGUGUUCCUGCUGGUUAUACAGCCUGAAGACUUCACUGAGGAACACAAACUGAGGCUCUGCAGAGUCCUGAAACUCUUCAGUGAUCGAUCAUUUGAUCACUCACUGGUUCUGAUAUCACCAAAAAGAAAGAAUAGAUCAACUUUCAUGGAAAAGUGUGUGGAACGUGCUCAUUUAAGUGACUUAAUCAGAAUGUGUAGCUACAGAUACUUAAAGCAGAAGAACCUUGACCAUCCAGAGCUGUUGACACGUUUGGACCAAAUUGUGAUGGAGAACAAUGGACAGCAUGUCAGCUGUAAUGUGAUUGAGGACGAAGCAGCUGCUUUACCCGCUGAUCAUCCAAAUCCAACACAAAAGCAAACUAUCUUGGAUGGUAAUAAAGCAUAUGCACGUGAACUCAGGAUAGUGUUGUUUGGGAAAAGUGAUGACAAAAAAACAACACUGGGAAAGAUCAUCACUGGUAAAAAAGAGGUCCAGAACCUCUUUACAAGCAAACAGUGUGAGGCUACCUGUGGAGAGUGGAAAGGAAAACUAUUGACUGCAGUGAAAACUCCAGACAUGACCAGUCACUCUGUGACCGCACUGAGAAGAGAGGUGAAGAACUGUGUCAGUUUUUGUCCUCCUGGACCGAAUGUUCUGCUGCUGUUAGUGAAGCCUUCUGCUUUCAAUGAGGAGGACAGACACACACUGAGGUUCAUCCUGAGUUUGUUUGGUCAAAGUGCUUUUAAACACUCAAUGGUCAUCUUUACACAUGGCGGGAUUGAAAUGACCGUCUCUGUUAACGAACUCCUUAAAGAGUGUGGAGGAAGAUACUACAGCAUGUUUAAUGAUGACCGCAGACUGUUAAUGCAGGAGAUUGAGAACAUUGUGCAUGAAAACAAAGGAACCUUCCUCACCUUCACUGAAGAGACCAUCAGACCAAAGUAUAAACACAUCAAACCAGCUUUAAACCUGGUUCUGUGUGGGAGGAGAGGAGCAGAGAAGACUUCAGCAGCCAAGGCCAUUUUAGCUCAGACAGAGUUUCAUUCAGUCUCCAACUCAUCAGAGUGUGUUAAACAUCAGGGAGUUGUGCGUGGACGUUGGGUUUCCCUGGUGGAGCUGCCUGCCUUGUAUGAAAAACCUCAGGAGGCAGUGAUGAAGGAAUCAUUCAGGUGUAUCUCCCUCUGUGAUCCUGAGGGCGUCCAUGCCUUCAUCCUGGUCCUACCUGUGGGUCCCCUCACUGAUGAAGACAAGAGAGAGUUAAAGACCAUCCAGAACACAUUCAGCUCUCGAGUCGAUGACUUCACCAUGAUUCUGUUCACUGUGGAGUCAGAUCCUGCAGCUCCAGCUGUUGUUAACUUUGUUAGAAAGAACAGAGACAUCCAGGAGCUCCGUCAGAGCUGUGGAGGAAGAUAUGUUGUUCUCAACAUCAAGGACAAGCAGCAGAUCCCAGAGCUGCUGGACAUGGUGGAAAAAAUGAGAAAAUCUAAAAAUAAACCAUCCUGCUAUACAACUGCAACAUUUGCAAAUGCACAAAUGGAAAAGGUCAUACAACAAGAGAGGCUGAUGAAGAAGAACAAGAUCACUUGUGAUGAUGAGGAGCAGAGUCCAGAGUGUCUCAAGAUUGUGCUGAUAGGGAAGACUGGAAGUGGAAAGAGCUCUACAGGAAACACCAUUCUAGGAAGAAAAGAGUUUAAAGCUGAAUCAAGUCAAACAUCAGUCACCCAACGUUGUAAGAAAGCACAGAGUGAAGUGGACGGUCGACCGUUUGUUGUGGUCGACACUCCUGGUCUGUUUGACACAACUUUGUCCCAUGAAGAGGUUAAUCAGGAGAUGGUGAAAUGCAUCAGUCUUCUGGCUCCAGGACCACAUGUCUUCCUGUUGGUGUUACAGAUCGGGAGACUCACAAAAGAGGAGAAGGAGACAUUAACACUCAUCAAGGAAAGUUUUGGGAAGAAUGCUGAAAAGUUCACCAUCAUUCUUUUAACUGGAGGAGAUUCACUGGAGGAUGAGGAGACGUCCAUUGAAGAAUACAUUGCACAUAAAUGUGAUGCUUCCUUUAAGAAGCUGAUCUCUGACUGUGGAGGAAGAUACCAUGUGUUUAAUAACCGUAACAAACAAAACCGCACCCAAGUCAGUGAGCUGAUAACCAAGAUUGACAGCAUGGUGAAGGAAAAUGGAGGCAGCUGCUACACCAAUGAGAUGCUGCAAGAGGCCGAGGCAGCUAUAAAGAAAGAAAUGGAGAGAAUCCUGAAGGAGAAGGAAGAAGAGAUGAAGAGAGAGAGGGAGGAGCUUCAAAGAAAACAUGAGGAAGAAAUGGAAGCAAUGAAAAAAAGAGUGGAAGAACAGAGAGCAGAAAUUGAAAAGGAGAGAAAACUGAGAGAAAAACAACUUGAAGAAAAGGAGGAGAAGAUAAAGAAGGAACAUGAGGAUAGAAAGAAAGAACAGGAAAUGAGAGAAGAAGAAGACAGGAAGAGAAAACAACAGGAAGAAAUUCAACGACAGGAGUGGGAACGAAAAUGUGAAGCUUUGGAGCAAAAAAUAAGAUCAGAGUCAGAAUCAAAGGAAACAAUUGACAGAAAGCUGAAGGAGAGCAGAGAAGAGAUGAGAAAAGAACGAGAGAACUGGGAGAAAACACAAAAUGAAUGGUGGGACAAACGUUAUCAAGAAGACGAAGAGAGACGACAGGAGGAACAAACAAGACUUAGCAAGCUUCAAGAAGAAUACGAACAGGAAAGGGAAAAUUAUGAAAAGAAAAGAAAUGAAGAGGACAGAAUCAGAAGAGAAAGAGAGGAAAAAGAGAGAAAAGACAUGGAGGAGAACUACAAGAAGAAAAUGGAGAAUCAGAAAAAGGCGUAUGAAGAGGAGGCCAGAAAGAAAGCUGAAGAGUUUAAUGAAUUCAGAGAGAAACACAACAAGGAGUUUGCAGCUCAGAAGCAACAGCAUGAGGAAGAAAUGACAGACAAAGACAAACAAUUUGACAUCUUAAAGGCACUUUCAGCCCACAAUGAAGAACAAAUAAAGAAAAAACAUCACAGUGAAAUUUGUGACUUAGUUAAAUGUGUGACCAAAAAGAAAGAAAAUCUGAAAAAAAUAAACCUCUUACUGAAAAAACAUGAAAAAGAAAUGAAGAAUCUGGAUAGUGAGGAUGAAAAGAAAAAUCUGCAGGAAACACAUGAAAAAGAAAUAAAUGACCUGAUCCAGGAACUUAUGAAACAAGUCAAUACAUCAAGCUGUCGUAUUUUAUGAGGAUUUGUUUCAUGUAAACGUCUCAUCAACAGAGCAGUUUCAGAUGUUGUUCCUUUUUUCUAUUUUCAUUUAGUUUCAGUAACUGAAACUUUAAAGAAGCAGAUAGUGGCUGUUAAUACAGAAUGCAGUAAAUAAGCAAAACCUAAUUCAAAUUAUUUUUAUUUUUAUUAUUUUCCAAACUGCUGUGAUGAUCAGAAAACUAAAGUUUUGUUCUAAAUAAACCUUUUCAUGUUGAAUUGUUAAAAUUUCAGAGGUUAUUAGUUAAGAUGUUCUUUAGAACCAAAGUGAAACUGAGGCUGAAAUGAUUCCUGUAUUAUAUUACAUUAUUAUUAACAGUAAAGAAAGUCUGAUAAAAUUGGUUUAUUUUUGGAAAGUAUCACUCUAAGGUGGUUAUGAAGAGUUGUCAAAGAUGUUCUGAGGCUGAACAAUAUUUGUUUUCUUGUCAAAUACAGUCAUAUCAGUGCUUAGCAAAUAUACAGCUGAUCUAUCCCUGUGGCUCAGCUGCAGUGUCUAAGAGCUUUCUGGAUCUUUUUGGACUCUUAAGUGACAAAAUGUUGAUUUCAGUCUGUCUGUAUUGAUCAAUCAGGCUUUUAAUAUCUAAAUAACUUCUGCUCUAUUUUACUGAAAAUAACUGUUUCAUCUGUAACAUUCAGGGUCUUCUCUGUUUCACUGGGUUUUCUGUAAAGUUUAUAUAUUAGAUAUUUAGAGAUAUUAGAGUCAUUUGUUUUCACAUUUUCACCUCUAAUAAGUUGAGCAUUGUAAAAAAGGGUGAGCUGCUGUUUCAGCCUGCACCUUCAGUCUGUAGAAAAUCUUUCUGCUCUGUUGGUUUUCUUUUCUUCUGUUAAAACUCUUUUGCUGGGAAUAAUUGCCUUUUCUUUUCUUUUGUCCUAAUAGUUUGUGUAAUCAUUUGCUGAUAAAAACAGACAGCAGCUUAGUAAAGAAAGACUUCAGCAGCUGAAGCUCUGCUCACUCAUUACAGAUGAUCUUUGUUUUCUUUUGAAUAUGAGAAAGAACAUGAUGUUUGUGCUGGAAGUGAAAUGAAAUGUUUAGAUGUCAUUCACCCUGUUUUCUCUGCAAAUCACAAAUAUCACAGCAAAUAUGAAACAUUAAACAGCAUGAAGAUCAUUUAAACUGCUGAUCAGAUCAAUCAGAAUGAUGCAGAAUGACAUUAUAGACGAUGAACGCUCUGAUGUUUCUUUGUUUUGUUCCAUGUCAGAUAAGACUGGAUGCUUUAUAACUGAUGACAUCAACUUAAGACAGAAUUCAGAUCAAUCUUUAAUCUUUGCUUUCUUUGUUUGUGCUUCUAAAAGAUGAAUAAAGUGUUUCCCUGUAGUUCAGUGUGGACUGUUGUUAAUCUAAUAAACUAGAUGAUGAAGUGAUGAAAC